AAUACCAUGGGAUGCAAAAGAGGAGUUUUGAUUGACUUUAGCUUCAAAACUGAAAUGGAAAUUGUUAUUUACGCGGCAUUAGUCGGUUUGAUGUUUUCCUCGUGUAUAAGGGUGGAUUUAAUUCUCCGAAUCUGUUUAAAACUAGAAUACAUAUAAUACAUUAACAGUUGAUACAAUUGAAACCAUGCAAGCUGUAAAGCCACAAUCUAUUCAUUUAGCAGCACUCGAGUCGUGUUUUGGCCAUACCAAUUUCCGACCGAUGCAAUGGAACAUCAUACGGUCUAUUAUCGAAGACCGUCGUGAUAAUUGCGUCAUAAUGGCCACUGGAUACGGAAAAUCGCUUACAUAUCAGUAUCCAUCGGUGUUCCUUCAGAAGCUAACGGUUGUUAUUUCCCCACUAAUAAGUUUGAUGGAGGACCAAGUAGUCUCAUUGAAUUUGAGCAACAUUCCGGCGUGCUUACUCGGCUCAGCACAGCGUUCCAAUCUAAUCCCGGACAUCAAAGGAGGGAAAUAUCGUCUAGUGUACCUGACACCUGAAUAUGUGACGGGUGAUACAGGUAAAUAUCUACUCGAGCAGGUGGCUAGCGAGCUUGUGUUGAUAGCAAUUGACGAGGCACAUUGCCUUAGCAAAUGGGGUCACGAUUUUCGGCCGGCGUACAGAAAUUUGGGAGUUAUUAGGAAGGUUUGCCCCAACGUUCCUAUUUUGGCAGUUACAGCAACGGCUACGCUGAAUGUACGGGAUGACAUCAUAUCCAGUCUAGGCUUACGGAAUCCACAAAUCCUGUGUACCGGUUUUGAUCGUCCGAACUUGGAGUUUCACGUGAGGCAGAAGGGCGCACUAGGGGUAUGGGAAGAUGUUAGACCAUUGCUUAGCAAAAACAUCGAGGGAAGCAUCAUUAUCUACUGCCUGACAAGGAAGCAGACGGAAGAAAUUGUUGCUCUACUACAGGGUAGAAAAAUUAAUUGUGAGCCAUAUCACGCAGGAUUAACCCUUAAGCAGAGACAAGAUGUUCAUCAUAGAUUUGUAAAGGAUCAUACGCAGAUUAUUGUAGCGACUAUCGCUUUCGGAAUGGGGAUCGAUAAACCAGAUGUUAGACUAGUCAUUCACUAUGGCGCGUCGAAAGAUUUGGAAAGUUACUAUCAGGAAGCCGGUCGCGCUGGGCGUGAUGGACAGCCUUCAAAAUGCGUCAUGUUCUGGAGCCGGUCAGAUUUCAAGACCCACGAGAUCCUCAGAGAGCAUAACCCAGGUGGAGUACAGAAGAAUUUGGAAUUGUUGUCGAAGAAAAUACACGAGUAUCUGGACACCAGGGACUGCAGACGUAAGUUUAUUUUACAAUAUUUCGAAGGAGGUGAUGUUACGGUGAAGACGCGAAUAAAAUGUUGUGACAACUGUGACCGCAUUGUAACUGGUGUGAAGGAUAGUGAAAGAUACGAAGGAAUCGAUGAGAACGGUUGUUAUGAUUUCAGCACGGAUGCUGAGCAUUUGCUGAAGGCGAUCGAUGCAUUUGGCGGAAACACUGGACUAGCGCUACCGAUAGCUUUGUUGAGAGGCUCCAAAAGCAAAAAACUAAACGAUCAGUAUCAGCGGAACCCUUUACAUGGCAAAGGGAAAGCGAAGGAUGAGGAAUGGUGGAAAGCAUUAGCAGCUUUGUUGGAGAGAGAUGGAUUUCUACAAAAAACUAAAAUACCAAACAACUAUAACAAAUAUGCGAUAAUUUUCAAGAUUCAAGCGACACGUUUGGCACGGAGUUGGCUCGAAAAUGCCAACCGAAAGCUCUUGAUGAAACCAACUUCGGAAAUGUUUAAAUCACUACGGCUGAUUCGUGUUCAGCCAUUGUAUGACACAACCUCGAAGCCACAAACACAAAACAAGUCCGUAUCAAAACUACUUCCACUGCCGAGUGGUUCUCGAAUGUUGGAACCAAUCGCGCAGAAGCAGGAUUUGGUACAAGAUCUUGUAAGAACUCUACUUAAGAAACGCUCGGAAAUGGCUACCACAUAUGAAUGUAUGCCGUACAUGAUUGCUUCCAACCAAGCUCUGCACCAACUGGCCACCAUUAGACCGUUGAAUUUGGACGAGAUGAAACGAGCAAAAUUGGAUGGUUUUUCCGAUAUCAAAAUUCAAAAAUUUGGAAAGGAUUUCCUCCGAUGUAUCCAAGAGAAGCUCAACUAUUUACCUAAUGUAGGUAAUGGGAAGAGUUCGCUAACAAUUCAACAAGCACUUCAGAAAGAUCCCAUUGCGAGGACCAAGUUCUCCUCAACUAAUCAGACAACUUGGAACCUGUGGUUAGAGGGUCGCUCAGUUCCGGAUAUUGCAAAAUUUAGAAAUCUUACGGAAUCUACAGUAGUGAAUCAUUUGUGCGAGGCAAUCAAGCACGGAUUUUCGUUCACGUGGAAAGAUCUCGCUCGAUUCAACAUAGAUAGGCAGCUGUACAAUCAUAUUAAAUCUUACCUGCCAUCCGGUGGUCACGAAAAUGUCAAGUUGACAGAUAUUAAAAAUUCAUGUGCCGCACACGUCACAUUCGAUCAGAUUAAGAUAGUCCUGAACCAUGAUCAUGUACGCCAACAUCUGACAUCGUUGAAUGUAGCAUACCAAGACGAUACCCCAAUAACUCACUCUUUUGAGCCUAUUCCGGUUGUGCCGAAAGCUCCGACAGUUUCUGUUCCUGAUCAAAAUCUUUGGGGAGAUGAAGAUGAUGAAGAUCUAAUAGUUGCUGAAAGCAGCUUCACGGAAAUUGACCGCAUUUGCGAAGAAGCAAGCGCUAGUCAGAAAGAAGUGCACAAGACAUACAUCAGUAUCGACGACGACGACGAUAAUGAUGGUGACAUCGAUUUACAUGAAAUAGCCGCGUUAGAACAGGCUUUUAUCAACGAUAAGGAUGAAUCGGUUCAGGCAAUGUCUAGUACUAUAGAGGAAACUGAAACAAUUGAUCGGAAAGCUAAAAGACAUCGAGAUAUCACCACUGUAGGAGAUAGUGACAAUAACGACACUUACAGUAACGUCCAAACCGAGUGUCCAAGUCCGCCUAAGCAUAAUAAAUUAGAACAAGAGCCGGUGAAAAAUAUUUUCAAAUUUAAGACUGCAAGCAGCGCUGCCACGGUAGGAAGCAGAGUACCAAACCGAAGAAUACAUUAUUUAGAUAGCGACGAGGAGGAUGAUGACGUGGCUGUCACAAAGACGUCACUACCAAGGAGAAUUGUGUGAAAACAUUCCCGUCGUUAUGUGCCAUGUUACUGUUAUGUUUCCGUACUUGUGUCAUCAAUAUAUUAUAACAAAAAAUUAAAAUGCUCAUCCCAUUCCCUUUUUUAUUUUAUACAAUUGAAGUUGUGAUAUAGUGUCCCAACAAACAUUCCUAACAUUUUCACAAAAAAAGGUCGAAUAAGAUAAAAGGGCCCUAUUAUUUAAAUCGAAUCGAGAAGUCGAUACAAUCGCUAUCACGCCGAACAAAAUUUUGUAUUUUGUAAAUCGAGAUAAUCUCUCACUGAAUUUCAUCUAUUGCAAAUUAGGGGAACUGGGGGGAUUGUGGUCACCCUAAGGAACAUUCCAUUUCCUGUGUCCACAUACCACUAAAAUUCCUGUUCUUCGAAGAAUAUUGUAGUUCAAGAUAGUAAGCGGUUUUUAUUAUGAAAAUUGAAAAUAGUACAUUUUUCAUUAUUAGAAAAAAAGGUUAAAUAAUCGAACAUUUUUUUAGUGAGGAGGUAAAGUGAUCACUUGUGGAAGGCAAAGUGGUCUCUCGCACAUAUCACGCUAGAAGAGAUAGAUUUAUACGUGUUUUUUCUUGGCCAAAUUUGUUUAAAUCAUUAUUGAAAUAGAACGUACAUGUAUGAUAUGAGCUAGGCCUAUUCACCUAGAAUCGUAAUUGAAAUUUUCUCGUACGUACAAAAAUGUAGUAGGGAACACAUAACGUUUUUCAAAAUGAUGCUUGGUUUUGGUUGGGGUGGCAUAUUUUUCCUGGGUCAAAACCACGAAAGCGACUCCUUUAGGAGCAGAUGGUGAUAAAGUAUAUCAGCUUUUGAAAACAGAACAUUGUCAGUAGUAAUUCUCCACUGACCACUUUACCCCCAAGCAACGAAAUGCGAAAUAUGCGGAAUAAUCGCUGAAAUUGAACAAAAUAUCUGUUCACCUCUCCUAGAAUAUGUGAACAGUCGUCCAAACUGUUGAUUUGUCGCAAAUAUCAGGUCAAAUGAACUAAAUUUCACUAGAAAUUCCUUAAAUUCAAAACGCUAGGUUCAUGCGCUGCUCCACUAUAGUACAGGAUGACUCAAAAGUCAUGAAAUUCUUCAAACAUAAGAGUACAAACAUUAGAAUACGGUGUCAAUAGUCAAUACUACCAAACAGCAGGUGACAACUUUACCCCACGGAGUCACAGUCCCCCCAGUUCCCCUAGAUAUAUUUCGGCGUUUCUGAAACUUUUUCCAAAGAAAAAUACCAGGUACGCAAACCAAAAUUAAAUUAUUUUCUGAAGAUAUGCAGCAAGCAAACCAAGCAACUCGAAAUAUUCUGACAGGUGCACCGAUAGCUUUCACUCAGUAGAAAUUUGAGAUGAUCGCAACGGCCGCAACGCGUAUUCAAUUACCGUCUGUCGCGAGUACCAGGCAAGAUAGAAAAUGUGUUUGGUCUUAUGGCCGAGGACAUAGUAAACGCGGCGCGGUGCGAUGCGAUGCGAUUCAUUGGAGUUCAUCGCGUGCUAUGACAUACUGAUCGCUUUAUUGGCGAUCUAACGUACAAAUCUACACCUAGGCGGCGCUGCGGUGAAAGUGAUGAUGGUUUUAAAUUUUGCCAUGUAAGCUUAUGGAAGGUUUGUAGUUCUUUCCAUAAAUUACAAUGUUAUAAUCAUAAAAGAUUAUUUGAUUGCGAUGAGUUUGUAAGAAAUUUAAUUCUGCGCAAUUUUAUAUAUAACAUGUUAUUUAUACUGAAUACUGAAAGAGGUAGUAGUGAAAACUAUAAAAAUGUUGACAAUGGUUGAAUUAAAGAAGGAAAUUUGAGAGCACAAUCAAACACAAGUAGAAAAAUGCACGAUUCCUGCAUGUGAGAACUACCUUGGAAAGCCCGAAAGUAAAAUAUACGUGAUUUGUUUUUGAGUUUUAGGUUACAUUAGCAUCAUUUUCUUAGUUCAAAAACAAAAUCCAGAUGUCUCACCGAUCGUUUACGUUUUGCGUUAGAUCGUCAAUUGGCAACAUUUAUACAGUUUUCACUACUGAAAGAGGUAAAUAAAUAACAUGUUAUAUAUAAAAUUGCGCAGAAUUAAAUUUCUUACAAACUCAUCGCAAUCAAAUAAUCUUUUAUGAUUAUAACAUUGUAAUUUAUGGAAAGAACUACAAACCUUCCAUAAGCUCACAUGGCAAAAUUUAAAACCAUCAUCACUUACACCGCAGCGCCGCCUAGGUGUAGAUUUGUACGUUAGAUCGCCAAUUCAUUUUCUAGUCAAGUCAUUUUUUGUUGGCGGCGACUGCCGAAGCAGUUCUAGUCGAAGCGAAGCUACUGGGAGUAGAGUCGGUCUUCAUUUUUCACCUUCGAAGAUUUCGGGCCCUGGUGUAUACAUAAAUAUAUUUCAUGAAAUAUGGAGUUGUUUAUAGAUUAUUGUUGGUUUUUAUGUAUGUAUGUUGUAUGUAU